CUUAGAUGUUUCGAAAACUUGAUCAGGCAUGGUUAUUACAAGAGAAGAACUACACGUUAUCACAAGAGAGGCACUCAUUCGACAUUCACCGAGCAAAAUUAUGGCUUUCGCAUUUCGUGUAGCAGUUAGCGCAUUAAUUGUAGUUUGGCUUGGUAAUUGCGACGCGGUUGAGGGCUGCCCCAGUGGAUGGACGAGAUUCAAGGACUCUUGCUACCAUUUCGGUCACGACACUGAGCCAUGGAUGGUCGCACAAAUGGUUUGCAGAGACCUCGGUGGCCAUCUUGUUGAAAUCGAAACCGCUGCCGAGGAAAACUUUUUGUCAACGGAGACGGUGCGAAGGGGAGUCCCAUAUUGGAUUGGUGCCUCCGAUCUCCUCAUUGAAAACGAUUGGCAAUGGAUGACGUCACAUUCAAGUCUUUCCUACACGGCCUGGAGUCCCGAACAACCAACGAAUUAUGGCGGCAAUGAAAAUUGUGCGGAAAUCAGACCGUCGGACGGGAAAUGGAAUGAUGAUCAAUGUGAUAGAUCUAUCAACUAUAUUUGUGAGAGAAGCAAUGAGGUGGAGGUCAUUGAAUAAAUGACUUGAAGAUUGCUGAAGACCUCAUCUAGCUAAAAUAGCCUUCCUCUUGCGUCAAUGAUGGGUUUUUGUUUGUGAAAUUAUAUUAAUAUAAAGCAAGUUUAAUUAA